CUAACUAAUGAAUUUAGGCAUCUAGCAUUUGGUUUAUUUUUGGUCAUCAACCAUGAAUGUACUGGUGAUAUUACUGACAACUCUACUAGUCAUUGAACAUGUAUGUACAUUGGAUAAUGGUCUAGCUCGUACUCCUCCAAUGGGUUGGCUUGCUUGGGAACGCUUCAGAUGCAAUACCGACUGUAAAAAUUACCCAGAUUCCUGCAUUUCUGAAAAGUUAUUCAAAGAUAUGGCUGAUCGAUUGGAUGGAGAUGGGUGGAAAGCUGCAGGUUAUGUUCAAGUCAAUAUAGAUGAUUGUUGGCCUGCCAAACUCAGAACAAAGGAUGGAAAGCUUACUCCUGAUCCAGAUAGGUUUCCAAAUGGAAUGAAAUCUUUAGCAGAUUACAUGCAUGGCAAGGGCUUGAAGUUGGGAAUAUAUGGAGAUAUGGGUGAACUGACGUGUGCUGGAUACCCUGGUACACUAGGACAUGAAAAAGAUGACGCUGAGACAUUUGCAUCCUGGGGUAUAGACAUGUUGAAAUUGGAUGGUUGUUACUCAAGCCAUGAACAAAAACUGACUGGCUUCCCUCUAAUGACUAAAAUGUUGAAUCAGACUGGACGGCAUAUAUUGUAUGAAUGUGGAUGGCCAUUGGAUGAUGGACACCUGCCUCCUCAGGUCAACUUUACUCUUGUGAAAGAAUCAUGUAAUAUGUGGAGGAAUUAUGAUGACAUUCAAGAUAGUUUUGAUGAUGUUUUGAAAAUUAUAAAUUGGUUUGGAGAUCACCAAGAUGUUUAUAUUCCAGCGGCUGGACCUGGAGGAUGGAAUGAUCCAGAUAUGCUGAUUGGUGGAGACUUUUCUCUAAGUUAUGAGCAAGCAAAGCUGCAGUUUGGAAUAUGGGCAAUCUUGGCUGCACCUCUAUUAGUUUCUGUUGACUUGGGAACAAUUGAUCCUAAAAUGAGGCAGAUGUUGCAAAAUAAGAAAGUAAUUGCAAUUGAUCAGGAUCCAUUGGGAAUGCAGGGCCGUCGUGAAAAAGUUGAUAAAGAUUUCCAGGUGUGGGUUAGGCCCUUGUCGAAAGGAGAUCAAGCCAUUGCAGUAAUAUAUACUGGCACAUCAUCUGGAGGUGCGGCUGCUUAUUCAUUUACAUUGUUCAGUCUCAACAUUCAAAAUCCAGCAUCGAAGUACACGUUGUAUGAUGUUUUUGAUUCAGAUCCUCCUGAACAAGUUGGCCUCAACACUACCAUUACAUUUAAUAUUUACCCUCAAGGGAUAGUCAUGGCUCGUGCCUCUCCUAUGCAGCACUAGUAACUAACUACAUAUAGAAUCUAAACAAUGUUGUUAAAAAACAAUCUCAUGAAUUUAAAUUUUAUCCUAAAAAUGACUACCUGAAUUUAAACUUUUUAUUUAUUCCGAAAAUAGGGCUCCUAUGUCAAUAAUCACCACACUAGUUUUUUUUUUAAAUUUGGUUUGGCCUUCAAAAUAUCUCAUUUCGAGCAUAUCACUAUAUUUUUUUCCAUCAUAUUGGUGUCAAAUUUUGUCGUCACAACAUUUUAAUUUCGCAUUUUCUUACUAUUAAUUAUUAUUAUUAAUGAAGAGGGUUUGUUUGUUACCUUUUUGAUUUUUGCACUUUUUUCAUCAAUUAUGCAAUAUACCAGCAUGACUUCAAAAUGAUUCUUCCACUAUGGCCGAGAUUUAUAUUCAAAAUUGUUCGAUAUUUGCGCAAAUAUUACGAUAUAUCUUUUUCAAUCACGAUCAGCAACUUUCGCAUUUACUAUUUCUCUGGUGAUAUUUUGUUUUUCUGUUCAUUUUGAGUGAUUAAAUUUGUAUAAUUUUUCUAUCAUUCCCUCUAAAACUUCAACCAACAGGUGUCGCUGACCCAAUGACUGUCACAGUCUUUCGCGACCCCUUAUCGAUUGCUAUGAAUCUCUCACUUGUAUGAAUUUCCUAUGUAUAUAAUGACAUUUUUAUGAUUGUCAUUAUACACCUGAUUGCCAUUAUACACCAUUGACAGUUUUUCGUGCUUCAAUUUUUGUAUUGAUUCUUGCAUGAUAGUAAUGAAGUAUAUGAAUCUGCAAUGUUCGUAUCAAUUCUGUUCCAUUCAUAAGAUAAACAUUGAUUAUAUAUAUGUUUUUUAUUAUUUACCAUCAAAUCCAAACAUUCAGGAUAUUUAUUUGUAUUACUUGUACAAAUCUAACAAUAUUGCAAAAGCAAAAAUUUCCUUCUAGGUGAUUUCGUGAAUUUAUUAAAAUGAAUCCCGAGAUCGGCACUAAAA